AUUUCCAGCCUCGGCUCCUCGCAGUUUCCUCUCCUUGUUUUGCUUUCGAUCUGGACUGUUCUCAGGCAAGCCGGGGACUAACUUUUAGUUUUGCUCCUGCGAUUAUUCAACUGACGGGCUUUCAUUUCCAUUUUACACACCCUGACAACACUCACACCUUGCGGGAUUGUAUUGGUAGCGUGAAAAAAAAAAAAGCACACUGAGAGGGUACCAUGCCGGUGGAACGGAUGCGCAUGCGCCCGUGGCUGGAGGAGCAGAUAAAUUCAAAUACGAUACCAGGGCUAAAGUGGCUGAACAAGGAAAAGAAGAUUUUCCAGAUCCCCUGGAUGCAUGCAGCUAGACACGGGUGGGACGUGGAAAAGGACGCUCCACUCUUUAGAAACUGGGCGAUCCACACAGGAAAACACCAACCAGGAGUAGAUAAACCAGAUCCAAAAACAUGGAAAGCAAAUUUUCGAUGUGCCAUGAAUUCCUUGCCUGAUAUAGAGGAAGUGAAGGACAGAAGCAUAAAGAAAGGAAACAACGCUUUCAGAGUCUACCGGAUGUUGCCCUUAUCUGAACGACCUUCCAAGAAAGGAAAGAAACCAAAGACAGAAAAAGAAGAGAAAGUUAAGCACAUCAAGCAAGAACCAGUUGAGUCAUCUUUGGGGCUUAGUAAUGGAGUAAGUGGCUUUUCUCCUGAGUAUGCGGUCCUGACUUCAGCUAUAAAAAAUGAAGUGGAUAGUACGGUGAACAUCAUAGUUGUAGGACAGUCCCAUCUGGACAGCAACAUUGAAGAUCAAGAGAUUGUCACUAACCCGCCAGACAUCUGCCAGGUUGUAGAAGUGACCACUGAAAGUGAUGACCAACCAGUCAGCAUGAGCGAGCUCUACCCUCUACAGAUUUCUCCUGUGUCUUCCUACGCAGAAAGCGAAACUACCGACAGUGUGCCAAGUGAUGAGGAGAAUGCAGAGGGGAGACCACACUGGCGGAAGAGGAACAUCGAAGGCAAGCAGUACCUUAGCAACAUGGGGACUCGGAACAACUAUCUGCUGCCCAGCAUGGCGACCUUUGUCACUUCCAACAAGCCAGAUCUGCAGGUCACCAUCAAAGAGGAGAGCUGUCCGAUGCCUUACAACAGUUCCUGGCCCCCAUUUACAGACCUCCCCCUUCCUGCCCCAGUGACCCCCACACCCAGCAGCAGUCGGCCGGACAGGGAGACACGGGCCAGUGUCAUCAAGAAGACAUCUGAUAUCACCCAGGCCCGAGUCAAGAGCUGUUAAGCCUUUGACUCUCCCUGGUGGUUGUUGGGAUUUCUUAGCUUUGUGUUGUUAUUUGUUUGUAUUUUAUUUUUUUCUCUAUGAUACCUAUCUUAGACAAAUCUAAGGGAAAAGCCUUGACAAUAGAAUAUUGAUUGCUGUGUCCAACUCCAGAGCUGGAGCUUCUUCUUAACUCAGGACUCCAGCCCCACCCCCACCCCCUCGGUAGAUGCAUAUCUCUAGAACCUGCUGGAUCUGCCAGGGCUACUCCCUCAAGUUCAAGGACCAACAGCCACACGGGCAGUGGAGGUGCUGCGUUGCCUACGGUCAAGGCCAGCAUGGUGGAGUGGAUGCCUCAGAACAGAGGAGAAAAUGUGAACUAGCUGGAAUUUUUUUAUUCUUGUGAAUAUGUACAUAGGGCAGUACGAGCAAUGUUGCAGUCUGCUUCUGCACCUUAUCUUGAAGCACUUACAAUAGGCCUUCUUGUAAUCUUGCUCUUCUUCACAGCACACUCAGUGUCCCCUUCUGUGUCUAUUACCCCACCCCCACCCCUCCAUCCCAGCCAUGUACUCACCCCUCCCUCCCCAACCUACCCCACAACAGCCCACUACCCACCCUUUCCCUCCCAAACCCUUUUAUCCUAGCCCACCACCCAGCCCUUUUCUCCCCAGCUCUUCCAUCCUGGCCCAUUACCCACCCCUCUCCCCUCAACCCAGCCUACCCCAGCCCACCCGUUCCUUUACUCCAUUUCCUCCCCUCAAAGGCAAGACUCUACAUCUUGAGGAGGAGGAGGAGAAGAAAAUGAAUUUCUUCACCGCUGUCCCAUUUUAAGACUGCUUGAAUAAAAAAAAAAUCUUUCUAAUCUGCUAUGCUUGAAUGCCACGCGGUACAAAGGAAAACUGUCAUGGAAAUAUUAUGCAAAUUCCCAGAUCUGAAGACAAAAAUACUCUAAUUCUAACCAGAGCAAGCUUUUUUAUUUUUUUAUACAAGGGGAAUAUUUUAUUCAAGGUGAAAAUUCUAAAUAAAAUAUAAUUGUUUUUUAUCUUUUCUACAGCAAAUUUAUAAUUUUAAGAUUCCUUUUCUUGUUUAUCAGCAGUUGUUAUUACAUCCUUGUGGCACAUUUUUUUUUUUAAUUUUGUAAAGGUGAAAAAAAAACUUUUAUGAGCUCAUGUAGCAAUCAAAUUAUCCUGUGGAUUGAUAAUAAAUGAAUAUGGUAUAUAGUUAAAUUUUUUAA